AUGUACAUAAAGAAGGAGAGAAGUACACCUUGUAUUGAAUGUAGAAACCAACGUCGCAAAUGUAUUCGUUCCAGUUUAGAUGCUGAUUGCCUCAGAUGUGAAAAGCUUGGCGAAGCAUGUCAACAACCAACACAAUCCGGAGAAGAGCACAAGGAUUUUGAUGCAUUGAAGAAUCAGGUAAACCAACUUGAGAAAGCCGUUGCAUUUAUGGAAGAACAGUUGCAGAUACAUCACAACUAUGACAGCAGCAGUUAUAGCAAUUAUGACGGUACACUUGUUCGUAGUGAGAAACAACCAUUACCUGAGGUGUCAAACAGAAUGAUCCAAAGUUUAUUCCACACCUGGAAAGUCAAGAUCCAGAAUGGCACAUUUCAGAUAGAAACAGGCAUUCAAAAUAUAAGCGAGCUGCUACAGUUUCACCCAUCCAUAACCUAUCUAUCGCCCUUAAGCCAGUAUUACACCAGUGAAUCAUCCACCACAGCACCAUGGAGUUCCAAUGGUAGCAGCUACAGCGAUGAUAACUCGAGUGAUUUCUAUAGGGGAUGCAAUGCUGGUAUCGUCAUGCGGUUUGGAAGAGAGGGUAUAGCCAGUCUAAUCCCAAGCACCAUCAAGAUCCUGACACGGUGCAUGAAAACAAGGCUUGUCAAUUCACCCGCCACAAACACAAUCACACUGCCAAAUGCCUUGUUACUGGAUCCAAAAGCAUUGGUUAAUCAACUUUUAGAUAUAUAUUUUGAAUGCCACAAUAAAUACAAUCCACUGGUGCACGAGCCAACGCAUCGAGCUAAACUAGCCACGAUAGAGGACCCCCUGACGGAUCUUGUUACCCUGGGUAUCUGUUCCUACGUCUGCUCAGCUGCCUGCAAACACCUACAACUUCCUUUAAAAGAAAGACGCACGAUGGGCGACUACUUCCAUGCAAAGGCACGAAGCAUCAUUAUGGACCAGUUCGAUCAACCCGAAAAGAGGCUAGAAAACGUCAUGGGCAUCAAUUUGCUCAUUGAAUACAUGCAUAUGACAUUCAAGUUUGACGAGUGCCGUCAAUUGCUGGCGAUGGCCUUUCAGAUUUUACUCGACUUACGGAACGACUAUCCCGAAUUUAGAACCAUUGGUGUCAAUGCCUGCUUUGAGGGAGGGCCACACUCUGGAUAUUACACAUUUACGAAAUGUGAGGGCCCUAUCACCGAUGUGAAUAAGAUGCUGUUUACACGGCAUGUCACCAUUUCACUCUGGUUCAACCUUUUGAUGGAUUAUAUGGCUGAUGACAUUGCCGACAGUGAGUGUCUGCAUUUCCCUAUCUGGAAGUACAUGGCUGAUGAACCAGAGGAGACCAAGCGAUCUGUGCAAGCCCAGAACUGGGCCAUCAACCUGUAUAACCAUCCAUUUGUGAUGAAUUUCUCGAAACAAACCCUUCGUGUGCUUAUGGGAAGAACGUGCACUCUUAGUUUGGAAUCAAUCGUCAAGCUGGAAACCGUGUUGCGAGAAUGGGCCAUGGCAUUGCCAGCAGAAUUCCGUCUUUGCAAUAAUCUCUAUGAUAAGGAAGCAUGUUAUGAAGCAAUCGACCAAACAACCGACUCUGUAGUAUUGAUCACAUUUAUACAUUUUCAUAUAUUUCAUGUCAGCAUCUAUUCUUGUCUGCUACAGCCAAAAUCACUGCAUGGCGAGAGUCAACAGCCGCUUCUGUCUUGGGUGCAAGAACACUCGCUAAAAAAAGCACUGAGAAGCUGUCAGUUGGCAUUGUAUGCCAUCCACCGUUUGACCAUGGCCGAGACGAAUUCUUGCAGCUACAAAUUGUGUGCCAGUGAGUUUCUGUUCAGUGCACUGGAUGUGUUAGCAUUGCUGGCGCUGUCACCCAAUAUGCACAUUGCUAAAGAAGCUCGUCCAAUAAUGAGGUCCUGCUUGAACGAAUUAGAUACCAACCUCCUCUCGAUCCGAUUCCGUGUGCAAUCAAACUACUCAAAGGGCCCCACUACCUUUAACCUGUCCGAGCUCUUGAAUGGUGGUAAAUUCGAUGUUGAUUAUUAUGAUCAAUUCCCUCAUCCUUGGCUUGAGAUGAUGUAUGAUGCCAGUCGUUACAUUACUGCAGAAUAA